AUGGAGCUCGCCGAAACCUACGCGUGCGUCCCGUCGACGGAGAGGGGUCGCGGAAUCCUGAUCUCCGGUGACCCCAAGUCCGACACCAUCCUCUACACUAAUGGUCGAUCCGUCGUCAUCCUCGACCUCAACAAUCCUUUAAACGUCUCCAUCUACGGCGAGCACGCUUACCCAGCCACGGUGGCGCGAUACUCCCCGAACGGCGAGUGGAUCGCGUCGGGUGAUGUCUCGGGGAUGGUCAGAAUCUGGGGGGCUCACAACGAUCAUGUGCUGAAGAAGGAGUUCAAAGUUUUGGCUGGCCGGAUCGAUGAUCUCCAGUGGUCGGCCGAUGGGAUGCGGAUCGUUGCUUCCGGUGAUGGCAAAGGCAAAUCUCUCGUUCGUGCUUUCAUGUGGGAUUCAGGAUCAAAUGUGGGAGAGUUUGAUGGACACUCGAGGCGUGUUCUUAGCUGCGCUAUCAAGCCAACCAGACCGUUCCGCAUUGUAACUUGUGGUGAGGAUUUUCUGGUGAAUUUCUACGAAGGUCCUCCUUUCAAGUUCAAGCUCUCAAGCAGAGAGCAUUCCAACUUUGUCAACUGUGUGAGGUUUGCGCCAGAUGGAAAUAAGUUCAUCACUGUAAGUUCAGAUAAAAAGGGAAUCAUAUAUGAUGGCAAGACUUACUUUUAG